GCACAUUAACUCCUGCUGGCUGCGGGAACUCUUUAUUUGACAGAAGCCAAGACAGAGGGGGCACGCGCACACCACCACUGGCAGCCUUUUGAGAAACACCGAGGCGACAGAUGAAACCCAAACAAAAAUCCCACAUAGCGCUUUUUUUUCUUUAACAGAAAAAGAGAAAGGAAAACAGAAAAAAGAAGACAGUCCUAUAUUUUGGGAAUCUUUACGCACCACAAAAGAGUAACGCAAACGCCGCAGAGAUGAGGGUUUCAUGGUCUUGCGUGCUUUUGAAGGAUCCCCGCUCUUGAUAAAGGGACAAAACAAGGCUCUUCGUGACAUUUUCCAAAAGAAGAUCGCAAAGGUGGAGCGAUUAGAGAAGGGCUGAUGAAGGGAGUAUUAAUCCUUUCAGUGUACCCAAAGCACCAAAGGGUAUUAGAAGCGUUUGGAUGGAAAUCGGGCGAGUGUUUGGAACUGUUUUUGGUUUUAUAUGAAACUGGUGAUUAGUUGUGGCACGUUUUUUUUUCUUCUUCUUCUUCUUCUUCAUCUUCAUCUUCUUUUUUUUUUUUUAAUUACUCGCGACUAGGAGUAUUUCUUCAUCUUCUUCUUCCACCGAGAGAAUGUAUCAUAUGGACGUCUAAAUUUGCAAAGAAAAAGAAAAAACCUCUCACCUGUCUUUAUAUAUUUUUUUCUUUCCAAGUAUUCCUUAAUCUAAAUGGAAUUAGUUGAGUCUGAAGCCGUUUGUGAAAGGAACAGACAUGGUACAUGGGCACAGCUUCCAGUACGUUGUUGCAAGUCUGCUCAUAUUUGGGUUGUCUGGGGCAACGAAAAAGGAUUCAGCUACAGUAAAAAACAAUUCUGGAGUGAAGCCUGCAGGUCAGUGUGGAGCAUGGGUGAAAGAACCAGAAGGAGGACUCUUUACUUCGCCCAAUUAUCCAAACAAAUACCCACCGAACACAGAGUGUGUUUACAUCCUUGAAGCUCCCCCGAGGCAGUGUAUUGAUCUACACUUCGAUGACAAUUAUUCCGUUGAGUCCUCUUGGGAAUGUAAAUUUGACAACAUUGAGGUUCGAGAUGGACCGUUUGGCUUCUCCCCAAUGCUCGGCCGGUACUGCGGUCAGCACAGCCCACCAGACAUCAGAAGUAGCGGCCGGUAUCUGUGGAUAAAAUUUGUAACUGAUGGAGAACUGGAAGGGGUGGGAUUUUCAGCAACGUACAACUUCACUGCAGAUCCAGACUUUGCAGACUUGGGAGUACCCCCACCUCUGCCCUUCUGUCAGUAUGACAUGGUUGGUCCAGAAGGUAUUGUUGAGUCUCAUCAGAUCAUCAGAGAUGGGAAGGCUGGUGCUGCUGAAGCUGUGGACUGUAAAUGGUACAUCCGUGCUCCGCCACGCUCCAAGAUCUAUCUACGUUUUCUGGACUAUGAGAUGGCAAAUUCCAAUGAAUGCAAGCGCAACUUUGUGGCAGUGUACGAUGGUAGCAGUUCAGUGGAAGACCUGAAGAGCAAGUUCUGCUCCACGGUGGCCAAUGACAUCAUGCUGGUCUCCACGCUGGGAGUCGUCCGCAUGUGGGCUGACGAGCUCAGCCGCAAAAGUCGCUUCCGCAUCCUUUUCACAACCUACCAAGAGCCUCCAUGUGACGCAGAUGCCUUCUUUUGCCACAGCAACAUGUGCAUCAACUACACACUGGUGUGUAAUGGCAUGCAGAACUGCGUUUACCCCUGGGAUGAGAGCCAAUGUAAAGAGAAAACAAAUACCAAAUUCCUGGACAACCUGAACACCACAAAUGGGGCCAUAAUUGGUGUAACCUGUUGCAUCGUUUUCAUCCUCCUCAUCGUCUCUGUCAUCGUUCAAGUCAAGCAGCCACGUAAAAAGUACAUCUUGCGGCGUGAGGACUUUGAUCCCACCAUGUUUCAGGAGGUCUUCGAGCCCCCUCACUAUGAGCUAUGUACUUUACGGAGUGCCACCACACCCACAGCAGCCUCGGCUGAUUUAGUCGACCUGGCAGAAGACUUUGAGAACUACCACGCCCUUCGCAGUGCCUCCUCACGCUGCAUCCAUGAUCACCACUGUGGCUCCUCCUCCAACCCCGGCUCUGCACAUGUAUCCCAGUUGUCGCUCACCGGACGAGGAAGCCGUUGCAACUUGAGUGCCCGUGAUACAGCAGCCGCCACUCUGCUCGCAGAUCUCCCACAGCCGCCUAUAGCAGUGCGGCCCCUGCUGCCGACCACAGGAAACCGCAGGAGCAUCUUGGUCAUGAAGCACAGCUACUCACAGGACGCAGCGGACAAUGGAUGUGACCUGGACGACGACCUGGACGAGGUUCCCACCACCAGCCACCGACUUUCACGCCACGAAAAGGCAGUACAGCGGUUCUGCCUCAUUGGCUCUUUGAGCAAACAUGAAUCAGAGUACAACACAACUAGGGUCUAAGAGACAAUCUCAAGACUUCUUGAGAAUAGUGCUAUCCUGGAUCAGUACGAACGGGCGUCACUGACAUAUGAAAAAGUGGAGCGGAGAUUUACACCAGCUUGAGGCUUAUGAUGAUGAUAAUGAAGGGACACUGGUGAAAUGGAUACUGAAGGUGUAUUCAUGUGCAAAAAUGAAGUCAAAGGACUAGAUGAAAAUCCUCCAGCGACAGUGCUGUGAAGAGGUUUUGGAAAUCAGUCAGCUCUGUGCGCUACUCUAGUCAACCCAGAUGUUUUGUCUCACUGUAAAGAUAUGGACCUUUAUAUGGAAAACAGUUACUGAAGUUGAUAUUUGGGAUGUGAAAAACAUAUCUGUCAUUGUUAUAAAUCCCUUACUGAUAACACAGCUAAAGUGACUAAGCAUCUUCAAGUUCAUUUUAAGCAUGUAUUUCUCCAAUGAAUGGCACACAUUUUAUGAUUUCUAUACACGAUUGUGGAUGUUUGCAGUCAAGUCAAAUCUAAUAAGUUUUAUUUAAGUGAAAAUUGGAAUUAAUCUGAAUUUAGUACUAACUUUUGAAUUUAAACACCGUUAGGAUAACCAGAAGCUGUUUAGUUUGGAUAAUAAUUUAAGGUGAAGUUGUUUUGGCUUAUGCAUGCUUCUUCUAAGCCAUUGAAGUAUUAACAUACUAACAUUAAAAUCGGAGAAAAAAAAACAACUGUGCUAAUACAUUAGUCAUGUAGGUAUAAGAUGAGGUUUAUGAAGCAUCUUCAAGUAGAUUGCAUUGCAUGCUUUAAGUUAAAUCAUUAACAUGGCAAAUAAAUUUCCAUAAUACUAAUAUGUCAUCUAACUUAUUUACAGCAAUUUUUUAUUUUAACCCAGCGUA